AUGGCUCAGUCCUAUGUUGGUGUGACGCUAGUUGUGGGGCCAUCACUGAGAGCAUACCAGGAGCACCAGACUAAGAAGGAUCCAUUAAGGAUCCACUAUGGCACAGAGAAGGAGCAUGAUGGGAUUUACUCCGACGAGGGUUCCCUCUGGUGGCUCGAAGGACUUCCUGGUCUACCCACUCUGGCUGCAUUACACAGCAAUCAAAUCCUGACUGUGAAGGUUUGUUGGCGUAGCCAAAUGGCCAAGGCAGACUCUGUGGAUGAUGGUCUUCCUAAGAUAAAUCAUGGCUUUCUUUCUGCUGAUCAGCAACUCAUUAAACGCCGACUCAUUAAGGGUGACCAGGGUCAAGCAGGGCCCCCAGGGCCUCCUGGACCUCCAGGUCCUCCAGGCCCCAGGGGACCCCCAGGGGACACAGGAAAAGAUGGUCCUCGGGGAGUUCCAGGCCUCCCUGGAGACCCUGGAAUGCCAGGAGAGAUUGGUCAAAUGGGACCUGAGGGCCCUCCAGGACAGAAGGGUUCUGUUGGGCCACCUGGUAUUUCAGGUAUCGAUGGAAUGAAGGGUGACAGAGAGUGA